AUGGACGGGCCGCCGGUCGGCCGUCGGCGGAAGACCAACCUCGCCGCCGUCGUCGCCAUGCUGUCGUUGCUGAUCAGCGACGUCGCGGCGUUCAACGUCGACACGAAAAACGCCGUCGUCCACCAUGUCGCCAACGGCUAUUUCGGCUAUUCCAUCGAUUUCUACAACGAAAAGAAAGGAAUGCCAGUGUGAGUCGCUUUGAUAUUUGAUGAGUUCAAAAUGAACCUGGUCAAAACCUCCUUGAAGUUUGAAUUACUUUCAGCUUCUCCUACGUAGAAAAUGCCAAGAAAUAAUUUGAAAAGAUAUAUUUCGGCGUUAAGAUUGCUUUUUUCUAAUAUUUUCCCAUUUUUCUCGUUUCAUUCAAUCCUUUUCCUUGUACAAAUUCAUUCAAGGAAGAUUUAUACCUCAUUUUCAAAUUUUUCCGCACCUUAAACAUUAAAAAUCAAUCCCCUUCUCGACUUUAUCGACUCAAGAAAAUGUAGUUCCUAUGGAUCAAAGCGCAUGGAAAGACAAUUGUCCGGGCGGAGAGGGCGCCCGGCAAAAAGGUUCCGAAUGUCGGCUUUACACACGCAUAAAAGCUGGAGGAAGCUAUUUUGAAAUCCACGCGGAGGUUUCGUAACCGUUGCGAAACUAUAGGAAUGAUAAGAGGGUUUUAAAAAUUAAAAUUAUUCCAAAUAUAUAACUGAUUAGUACAAAAAAUGAUAGAAAAAAAGUCAAACGAGUUCAAAAAGAGAUUUUGAAUGAAGAAAUUAGAAAAAUUAGGCUAAAAUGCUUUUGUCGAAAAAUUCGAUGACAAGUGCACGCUACUGAUAAUUUACAGCGGAGCGUCGUACCAAGAAUUAAUAUUUAUCUCAAAUAUUCAACUGUUUUCAAGUGGAAUUUGCAUCUUUUCUGUUACCAAUACAAAAAAACUCGAAAGAGGCUCAAACACAAAAAUUUUUUUUUACUUUUUCACAUUUUUUUCGAUCGUUUUUCAUUUCAUUUUUAUUGUAAAGCCAAAUUUUCUCUUCCUUUUUUUCAUCAAAAAUAUCUUCAGAUUGGUCGUUGGAGCGCCGGAAAGUGCAUCGGCCAACCCGAAUCUUCAAGGAAUCCGCACUCCGGGAGCCGUUUUCUCAUGCUCCGUCAACAGGGCGACUUGCCGUGAAGUCCAUGUCGACACUAAUAGUUGGUUCCUUUUCUAUUUAAAAAAAAUCCCUUUGACGUCAGAAAAAUUUCUAAUUUUGGAAACUACAUAGAAGUUGUCUUUUAUCAACCUAGCAUUUUCUUCUUUUCUUCUUUUUAGAUCUAAAUAAAGAUAUAUCAACUUUAAGGCCCUAUUUUCUAGGUCUUCGUUAUCAAAUUUCAACUCAAAGUGACUAGCAUUAAAAAAUGAUAAUUCAAAUCUAGCCUCAUUUUUUCAUAUUCCAUUCUCAAAAUAAUCGUACAACAACAUAUUCUCCUUCUAGCUUUCCUUUUCACUCGCAUAAUUACCAGCCGUAUUAAUGACCGCCCAUAACCAUACAAGAAGCGAUUAAUCAAGUGGAAUGACUGCUCGAGGGAUAAUUAGGCUUGGGGGGAAUAAAAAGGGAAGCCUUGGCAACAGUCCUAGAAAUGUUGGAAGGUGAUUAGAAAAAGGUUAAGGUGUGUCAAUGCAAUGAAAAUGAAAAUAAAUGAUAAAUCGGGCGCGAGACGUAAGUUUGAAAAGUUGGGCAGGGAUCGAAAAACGUAUAUGAGUCAUUCAAUUUUCCGAAAAAAAAAAAGUCAAAAUGAAAGUUGUUUACUUUUUUUUUGUUCAAAAAAAUUUUUUUCUUGAUGAUUUUUGAACGUAAAAAUUUCACAGUUUAUAUUCGGAAAAAUCCAGAAUUUAAAAAAAUAGAUUUUUUUCUCCAUUCCUUUAGAUGAUAAUCCAACGAAAAAAAUCCUUAUAAAUGAAAUACCAAAUUCACACAUUCAUCAUUAUUCAAUUAACUCAGUGAAUCAAUAUUUUUUUUAAGUUUUCAAGUUACUUUUUCAAAGAUUACAAGCCCCUUUUCUCAACAAAAAUCCAAUUUUCUCCCCCUAACGAGCCAGGCAACAUUAAUGGUCAUCAUGAAUUUCGCGCAACAUUUUUGCGACACAGUCUCUCUUUCCGCCGUCGUCGUUAAAUGUUUCGGAAAUGUCGGAAGCACGCGACGACGACGACGAGGAGGAGGACGAAGACCGAGCAGCUCAUUUGUUAUGGAUCUGAGCAGAUGGCCAUGCGCGGAUCCCACUCCCUGUCGAAUGGCUGAAUUUCGGCCGGGGGGUUUUUUUUUCUUCGAAUGACUCAGAAAAAAAGGAACAAAAGUGCGAGGAGGUCACUCCGAAUAAUGGGCCGUUAAUCAAAUGCUUUGGAGUUCUGAAAGUGAACUUGACUCGUUUUUUUUGCGGAGGAAAGAUUCGUUGUAGGGGAAUUGAUUUUAGCCAUGUUUUAAAGACGCAAGAGUCUUUUAUGACUUAAAAAAACGCAAAAAACUGCACUUUUAACCCUAGUAAAAUUUAACUUCUCAAACAAAUCUACCGUCAUCUAAAAUAAUUCUCCCAUUCCAGAAGGAAACCUCCACAAGCUGAAUGGCUCGGUUUUGCUUCCAAUCGAGGACAAGGCACACCAAUUCUUCGGCGCCACCGUCAAAUCCAACAACAAGCACGACAAACUUCUGGUAUCUCUCCAAAAAAUAUCUCAAUAAGCUUCAAAUUCUUUCAAGAUGUGCGCUCCAAAGUACAAGUACUUCUACUCAAAGUUUGAAGUCAUUGAGCCAGUUGGAACGUGUUUCUACGCCGAGAACGGCUUCGAAAAGACGCAGGAAUUCUCAUCUUGCAAACAAGAACGUGGGUUCCAACUUUGAAAACUCAAAAAUGAGCAAGAAUUUUCAGCUGCUCGACAUGGACGACAUCGGCUGGGUUAUGGUCAAUGCGGCUUCUCUGCAGCUGUACCAGAUCGUACCAAGAAGGACGAAGAGAGGGUAUACUGUAGAAACAUAUGGGUUACUGUAAUAUGAAUCUAGGUUUUCAUCGGAGCGCCUGGAGUAUGGUAUUGGCAGGGAGCGAUCUUCAGUCAGAACGUCCGGAAUGCGACAGAAAGACCGAAUACGGAGUAUGGCCCGAAGGAGUACGAUAACGACAUGAUGGGUGCGUUUUCUCAAGAAUCCCCAGAGAAAAAAAAGAACUUCUACUUUUCGGGCUUCUCUUCAGAAAGCUUUUACUAUCUCCUUUCCAUUUAAAGACCUCAAAGCUCAAGUUCAACGUUUUUCUAGGCUAUGCCACGGCUUCUGGAGACCUUGACGGCGACGGUAUCGACGACAUCGUCACUGGCGUGCCUCGUGGAAACUUCCUGAUGGGAAAGGUAUCAAGAAGAUCCUCGAUUUGAAACUCAGUCACUUUUCCAGUUGGUCCUGUACACGUCGAGGCUGAAGAUGCUGGUUAACCUGACCGACACAGUAUCCCCUCAGCAUGGCGAGUACUGUGGCGCUGCCGUUGCUGUGGCUGAUUUGAAUAAGGAUGGGUACGUUGGAAGAAAAAAUAUUCACAACAUAAUGAGUUCAGACGGGAUGACAUUAUCAUGGGCUGUCCAUUUUUCACCGACUACGUCACGAAGAAAGACGUCAAGACGCAGGAGCGCAAGCCGCAGUACGACGUCGGCAAGAUCGUCGUCUUCUUUCAGACUGCACCGGUUAGUUUUUGGUUGAAGGAGAGGGUUUGUUAGAAGUCAGAGUUUUACAUGCGUGAAAAAAAGCUUCAGAAGCGAGAGCUGUUUUUGCUUUCUGAAGUUCAAAAUCAAAAGUGGCACCUGAUUUUGUUUGCUUGAGUAACAAAUUUGCCUUUUUUUCUGAUCUUCAAAAAAGAAAACAGUCAAAUUUCAAGCAUGUACAAUCUUCAGAAGUCUUAAACCAGCAACCAUCUUAUUUAAAUAGACAGGCGUCAAACCAGCUGAGCCAGAUUUAAACUUUGACAAGUUUUGUGAAUCUAGGGUGUCUUCGAUCGGGCUGUGGCAAUCGUCGGUGAAGAUCAGUGGGGUCGUUUUGGAUUCUCGAUCGCUUCUGCUGGCGAUCUCAACUUGGAUGGAUAUAAUGGUAGGUCGAACUCGGCUUAAGCAAGUUUUAACAGCUCUCAUCAAUAGUUCCAGCCUAACUGGAGCAAGAAAACUGCUUCCCAGUAGUGACUUUUUUCAACUUUUAUGUCCCAGAGUAGCAUCUCUUGAGGCCACUAGAAAGCAGGAGGUGUUAGGUUCUCUUGGAUCUUUCAAGGAAGUUGUCUCGACUCCAUCUGAGAUAGAUUAGGAUCAUCAGAAGCAGAUUUUCAUGCGAAUCUGUGACUGUAUUUUCUCUUUCAGACGUCAUUGUUGGUGCUCCCUACGCUGGUAAGAAUCGUCACGGAGCCGUCUAUGUCGUGCAUGGAAGCAAGGACGGUGUCCGCGAGAAAGUCACCCAGAAGAUCGAAGCCGACGCCCUGGGCCACGGUCAGAUCAAAUCUUUCGGAUUUUCUCUGGCUGGCGGCGUUGAUGUUGACGGAAAUGGAAUGCCUGGUGAGAUUGCGGAUCAAAUGAAGAAUUAUCAAGCCAACUUUACUCCAGACAUCGCCGUCGGAGCUUGGAAGACUGGAAACGCUGUAGUCAUGCUCACAAAGCCUGUAGUCACCGUGACAGGUCAGACCGACGCCGAGAGUGUCACGAUCAACGUCGAGGACAAGAACUGCGACGUGGAUGCUAAGCUCGGAAAACAGGCUUGGUAAGUGAGACAUUAUCAAGACCUUGUAGAGAACUUUUCAAAAUUUGAUCACUCAUUCUUUUACACUUUCUGAGCUCAAAUUUCAAGUUCCAACUUCUUUUUAGGCAUUAAGGUAGCCCUUUCUCAAAAUAAACAGCCACUCUUCUAUCCUCAUGCUUCCAGCCGCACCAUCAACACCUGUCUGAAGUACGAAGGCCGUGGUGAGACUCCCAACGACUUGGAGUUCAUCCUCCAGUUCAACCUCGACGAUCACUCUCCAGAACCGAGAGCCUACUUCCUACAGAGGGAGAUCGUGAGAGAACCCAGGAAGAAACUUGAAGAACUAUUCAUUUCCAGAAGUCUGACCGAAGCGUGAACAUCGCCAAGACCUCGAAAACAAUGGAUCAUCCGUCUAGCAUCGAACAAAGAGUCCGACUCGAGAAAGGCCGUCAAAAGUGCUUCCGACACAAGUUCUUCGCCUCUUCUACCAUGAGGUGAGAGAUAAUAUCAAGAAGAAAAAUUCAUAACUAUUUUAAAGAGACAAGCUGUCACCGAUUCAUUGGUCAGUCAAUUACACCUACGUUGAGAGCAAAACUGGAAAAGUUCGCGGCGACAAACUGGAGCCGGCUAUUGAUACAACUGUGCCGUUGGCUUUCCAGAACAAGGUUAGUUACUUCUGGAUUUGAAACUUGAGGUAAAAAAAAACAGAGAAAGAUGUCUUCUUUCCGUUUCAAUUAUUAAUCUUUAAAAAAACCUUGGUAAAUUUACAGAUCAAUAUCGCUAAUAACUGCGGAAAUGACGAUUUGUGUGUGCCCGACUUGAAGGUUACUGCUGUUGCGUGAGUUUCUUUUGUUUUAUGUAAUUUUUUUCCGAUUAUAUGGCGCUCUAAUGUAUGAAAAUGUCUUGAUCUUUCUGAAUUGUCGAGCAACCAAAUUUGAAUAAUACACGUUAAUUUUUCAUGAAGCUUUUCUGCCAGUUCAUGCUCAACAGAAGCGUUCUUGACCGCUUUUGACCCUUUUUCUAGAUUCUAAACCUUGAUUUUUACAAAUCCAGCUGAACUUCUUCAAAAAUUGCCUCAUUCAAGUUUGAAAAACCCUAUGGUCUAUUUCAAUCUUCAGAUCUGAUUGCCACAAAAAAUAAAAAUAUUUUUAGCGAUCGCGAGAAAUUCCUUCUCGGCACCACCGACAACACGAUGCUGAUCAAUGUGACCGUACAAAAUGGCGGUGAAGAUUCCUACGAGACAAAACUGUACUUUGAUGUGCCGCAAGGCUUCGAGUACGGCGGAAUCGAGUCCAGUGACGAGAAAGUGAGUCUAGAAGCCUAUGGUCGCACGUGGAAUAGCUGGCGUCCGACCAGAAACGACUUUCGCGCAGAGGCAUCAAAAAGAAUCGAAGAAACUCUUUGAGCCAUUCUACUUGCAACCACAGUUCUAUAACUAUUUUUGCGAAAAUUCCACUUCAGACCGCUCCAACUUGUUCACCUACUUCUGAUGAGCCUGAUGAGGACGGAAAAUGGACUUUUGGCUGUGAUUUGGGCAAUCCUUUGCCUGCUAAUAAGGUAAAUUUAAAAAAAAGUAACACUUCGUGAGAAUAUUAAGCAUGAUCCAAAAAUAUACUUUAUUUGACCUUCAGAAAAAAUCCAAGAUACCUUAUAAAUUCAUUUUCUCGGAAUUAAUCCAAUUCUUUUCAUCCUUUUGAAGAGCUACUAUUAGUUUGGGUUCAAGAAUAAAAAAACUCGAAAUUUUUAAACUAAAUUUCUAAAUUUCAGGUCGUUUCGAGUGUGGUUCGAGUGACGGCUUCUGCUGAAAAACCACCGUUGGCACCGAUUCAAAUCAAGGCUCGUGUUAACAGGCAAGAGACUCCGCACCAUAAAUGAUCAAACAAAACUUUUCAAAAUGAUCUGAUUAUUAAAAACGUGAAAAAGCAGCGUGAAAAUUUCGAAAUCUUUUCAUUUCUGAAAGAUUUUGGUCACCCAAAAAAAGUGAGAAUUAAAAGUUUUAAGAUUUCUUUUAAUUUUUAUCAGCUUCUCCAUUUUUUCUAGAGACCUUUUUUGUACUGGUUUUAAAAAUAAAUUCACUUUAUAAAAAAAGUUCACGGAUUUUUUUCAAGUUCAAAUUACGGUAUAGACAUUUUCUACUAGCCAAAAAAUGUAGUUUCAAAAUCCAAACUAACUGAAGAAAAGAGCUGGCUCAAUCUUUAUAUUUCCCUGUAUUAUUGUAGCCUUACAACAAGAAUAUUAUUUUCAGUAGCAACGAAGAAGAAGACCACACAGUCAAUGACAACUCGGUGACUUUCACCGUUCCAGUCGAUUUCAAAAACCAACUGAGCUUGAACGGAAAAUCCAUGCCGGAACAGGUACACGAUUACUUUUUUACUCAUCUCAAUGCUAAUUUCUAGGCCGAUUUCAUCAGAGGCAACAAGUCCAAGGAGGAAAUCUUCGAUGAUAACGAGAUUGGUCCGGUUGUCAGUCACUUGUUCCAGGUAUUUAUUUUAAUAUAAACUUUUGAAAGACAACUUUCACCAUUAACUCUAUAAUGCUAUGCUAAAUUCCCAGACUAGGCAAGAUUUUUCUUUAGGUUGGAAACCGUGGACCGUCCGAAAUCGAUGCUGCCACUCUGGACAUCUUCUGGCCAUCUUUCUCUGUUGACGGUGAGUGUAUUAAGAUUAAAUGAAAUUUUUUUAUGAGAAGGUUUUAUGAAGCUUAUAAUUUUUUAAAAAAAAGUCCAAAAAGGCUCCAAUUUCUAGCUUGAAGUUACUAAUUAAUCAAAAUGAAAAAUCGUUUCUCAAUUAAAAAAAAAAUGAAAUAAAAUUCUUCAGGUGAACAUCUUCUCUACAUCAUUACGGAUCCAGUUGUGAGCCCACCAAAUAAGGGGAGAUGCCGUGUGAAACAGACCCAAAACGUCAACCCCUUCAAUUUGAGGGUAAGUUAUUGGAAUUAGAGAGUUGAAAAAAAAAUUUAAAACUUUUUUUUUUUUACAAGUGUACGGUUUCCCUUUUGAGCGUUUUAUUCAACUUUCCCUAGUCAUACUUUUUUCAUCAUAUAUUUCCAGCUGACCAACGAACACGUUCCAACGGAGCCACCAGAGCCGACGCCUGGCGCCGACUACUCCAAGGAGGAAGGCGACGAGUCCUACGAGGAAGAAACCACGACGACCCAUCACCGCCAGCCAGCUCACACUCAGACGCACACUAGGACUCAGACUCAAACUCACACCGUCCACAAGACUCAGCAAGGAGGACAGGGGCAGCCGCAGCAGCCUCACACCGGCCCAGUUCACGUAAGUCUCAGAAAGUUCAAGCCUUCACCAAAUUAAAAACCGGCUGAAAAAAAAUCUCAACGUCUUUUCAGGUCUACGAAGCUCAUCCGAACCCACUAGGGGGUGCCGGUGGCCACUUCGAGUACCAGGAGAACGAGCGGAAAAAGGUCGACUACGAGUACAUUCCCGACGAAGAUGCUGAAGACUACGAGGACGAGGAUUAUGAACGAGGAGGCUCUAAGAGAAUCCGACGAGAAGCCAAGCGCAGGAAGAACGACCGGCAGCAGGUCACCAAUCGAGCUCACGACACCAAGUCUGGUAAGAUUUCUUAAAUUCAUAGUUCAAAACGAAACUUUAUGCGACGUAUUCCAGACCGCGCACGCCAGGCUGAUCUCUACGAAGCUGUGAAGCUGUCGAAGGAAGCUGGUGGCGUUGCUGACUACAAGGGUUCCGUCUCCAGAGCCACUGUCGACUGCAACGCUCUCCGCUGUACUCACAUCGAAUGCGAUAUCUUCGAUUUGAGAGAGGAGGAGUACGUCUUGGUGCAGGUAUACAAUGAAGUUGUACACUAAAAUGAAGAAUUUAUGCUUCAGGUCUUCGCCAGAAUGUACACUGGAACGACAGUUUUCAAAGAGGGACACGAGAACGAGGUUUCCUCACUGGCAUUGGCUCGAGUCACGUCGUCCAAGUACAACUUGCCACACAAACCGACGCUUGUCACAGCUGUAAGUUUCUUUUUGCAACUUCAGAAUACCAAAUAGGCCAGGAAAUUUGGAAGAUUCGUUCGAAUAGAUUCUACCGAAAUCUCAAACGAAAUUUUAGGUAACAACUGAGCUGAACCAGCUGCAAGACUCUAGCAGAGGUCGUGAACCGGCCUGGUGGGUCUACCUUCUUGCCAUUCUCAUGGGUCUGGCUAUGGUCGCCUUCAUUGCGCUACUUCUCUGGAGGGUGAGUUCUGAGAUUUAAAAAAAGAAGUUAUUAGUAGAAAACUAGUGCAUAACCUAAUUUUUGAGGGGAAUAACUUGACAGAAAGAGUCGGGCCUCGAGCUGAAUUUCCUUCUGAAAAAAUAGGAAGAUAGCUAGGAGCAGCUGAAGCGGAACUGAGAGUCCCUAAGACGGAUUCUGGACCGGAUAUUUAGCUUUAUCAAACAUCCGAUCCAGAAACCAGAACCCGCAAAAUCCAUACUGAAAAUGAUAUUUCAGUGCGGCUUCUUCAAACGGAAGCGACCGCCAACGGCCCACGCCGAGCUCCGAGAAAAUCGCGAGCCCGACGCUCACUACGCCGACACGAAGACCCGUUACGCUGGCCAGGACAGUUACAAUCCGCAGAGUCACGGUCAAAUGUUGUAA